AUGGCCACCAAUUCCAUGAAAGCGCUCCAACUGACACGCGCUGCUGCGAAUACACCGCCAUCACUCGCAAAAAAAACUCUGCCCCUCCCACAUCUCGAGCCAGGCUUUGCUCUUGUUCAAAUCAAAUAUGCCUCCAUCCAACCAUCUGAUCGUAUGAAUGCAAAGGGCCUGUUCCCAUAUACCACCUACCCCCGAGUUCCAGGCCGUGACUACUCAGGCAUAGUCAUCGAUAUCGCCGGUGAGACAGGCGAACUCAGUUCAUGGAUUGGCAAAAGCGUCUACGGAACCAGUGGACCCACACUAGGAUUUUCUGUUGACGGAACACACGCUCAAUACUGUUUAAUCCCGAUCAAUGCGCUAGUCGAGAAGCCUAAAUCACUUUCUCAUAUCCAAGCUGCGACCGUGGGCGUACCAUUCACCACCGCUUUACUUUGUCUUCGUCGUGCGCAAGUUAACGAGAAAGAUGUUGUGCUUGUACUAGGCUCAAGUGGUGCAGUAGGAUCCGCAGCGGUACAGAUGGCCAAGGCCAUGGGAGCGAAACAAGUCUUGAGCGCCGCAAGGAACAAGAACUCAAAUCCGGAUAUUGUUCUAGCGGCUGAGGAUAUCCCUUCUCUAUUAAAAGAUCGAGUUUCCGACUUGACGAAUGGACAUGGUGUGGAUGUGGUCAUUGAUACAGUCGGAGAUCUGGCGUUGAUGUCAGGCGCAUUGGAACAAUUGGCACUCAAUGGGCGUUAUGCGUGGAUUGCUGCACCCAGAGGAGACGUCGAUACCACUAUGCCGCUGGAUAUCUUCCAGGCAUAUCGAAAAGGAAUUUCUCUUCUUGGGUGUAAUUCAAUCAUACCAUCUCUUCAAGAGAUGGCAGAGCAAUUGCGGUUCAUGGAUAACUGGAUUGAUCAAGGUCUAUUGAAGGCGCAGAACGAGGCAGACUUUGCGAAAGUCAAGUUAGAUGAUGCAAUUCAUGAUGGGUAUGAAAAGACAGGAAAAGUGGUCAUCGAUAUAGCAUAG